GGGGUGUUUGGGAGGAGGAAGGGGGAGAGGAAUUGGGAAUGGAUGAGGGUUGAGUGAAGGGGAUGGACUUAUUGACCUGAAUUCUGGGGUUUCUUUCUUUCUUUUGGUGUUGUCUGACUGGCUAAAUUUAGUAGCCAGCUGGGAUGACUUAGUGACAGCCAAAAUGUAUUUGUAGGUUUGAUUUGUGUUGGGUAAGCAGUCAGUCUAUAAUGCAGCAAGCUGGAUUAAAUGCGAGUUGGGGAGGGAAAAGGAACAAUGAAACUGGGUUCUUUGGGUGGAUGGGUAGGGAAGGGUACAGCAAGACGAGAAGCAGCCAAGCAGUUGAGGAGGAAUGUGAACGGAGAAUGGGGAAGCUGUCAAACGGAGGCAGAGUCCUUUGGACAGAACUAUCCAGAGGAGGCAGAUGGAACUCUGGACUGCAUCAGCAUGGCCCUCACCUGCACCUUUAACAGGUGGGGUACGCUGCUGGCUGUUGGUUGUAAUGAUGGACGCAUCGUCAUUUGGGACUUCCUGACAAGAGGAAUCGCCAAGAUCAUCAGUGCGCACAUACAUCCAGUUUGCUCACUAUGUUGGAGCCGAGAUGGGCAUAAGUUAGUCAGUGCUUCCACUGAUAACAUAGUGUCCCUUUGGGAUGUCCUGUCUGGAGACUGUGACCAAAGGUUCCGCUUUCCUUCACCCGUUCUCAAAGUUCAGUUCCACCCUCGAGAUCAGAACAGAGUCCUUGUCUGUCCAAUGAAGUGUGCGCCAGUGUUGCUAACUCUCUCUGAUUCUAAGCAUGUAGUUCUACCUGUAGACGACGAUUCAGAUCUUAAUGUUGUGGCAUCUUUUGACCGACGAGGAGAAUAUAUUUACACAGGGAAUGCCAAGGGAAAAAUUCUGGUGUUAAAGACUGAUACACAAGAGCUAGUGGCUUCGUUCCGAGUCACAACAGGCACCAGCAAUACCACUGCUAUAAAGUCCAUCGAAUUUGCAAGGAAAGGCAGCUGUUUCCUAAUCAACACGGCAGACAGAAUCAUUCGAGUGUACGAUGGCCGGGAAAUUCUGACCUGUGGACGGGAUGGUGAGCCUGAACCCAUGCAGAAGCUGCAGGACCUGGUGAACAGAACACCUUGGAAAAAGUGCUGUUUCUCUGGUGAUGGGGAGUACAUCUGUGCUGGAUCAGCACGGCAGCAUGCCCUCUACAUCUGGGAGAAGAGCAUUGGAAACCUGGUUAAGAUUCUGCACGGCACACGGGGAGAGCUACUGCUGGAUGUAGCGUGGCAUCCUGUGCGACCGAUCAUAGCUUCAAUAUCCAGUGGGGUUGUAUCCAUUUGGGCUCAGAAUCAAGUUGAAAACUGGAGUGCUUUUGCUCCAGACUUCAAAGAGUUAGAUGAGAAUGUUGAAUAUGAAGAGAGAGAAUCAGAGUUUGAUAUUGAAGAUGAAGAUAAGAGUGAACCAGAACAGACUGGCGGAGAUGCAGCAGAGGAUGAAGAAGUUGACGUGACGUCCGUGGAUCCUAUUGCUGCAUUUUGUAGCAGUGAUGAAGAAUUUGAAGAUUGCAAAGCCUUGCUUUACCUUCCAAUAUCACCAGAAGUGGAAGACCCUGAAGAGAAUCCUUAUGGACCUCCACCUGAGCCUGUGCAAAACCCUGGAACUGAUGAGCUGAACAACCCAGAGAAAAAAAGGCAGGCAUCAACUGAUGGAUCACAACCACUCAAGAAGAAACCUAAGAUGACUAAUAUUGAACUGCAAGGAGUACCAUCGGAUGAAGUUCACCCAUUGCUGGGUGUGAAGGGUGAUGGCAAGUCGAAGAAAAAACAAGCGGGCAGACCAAAAGGAACGAAAGGUAAAGAGAAAGAUUUCAUUAAGUCGAAAGCCUUCAAAGGGGACAGAGGUCAACCUUUGGAAGGAGCAGUGAAGGGCAAGGAGCUGGCGGAAGUGGCCGAGCCACCCGCAGGAGGAGCCGUCAUUUCCGACCUGCUGUGAAGCUAGGAAAAGAUGCUUCUUCAUCCCUGCUGCCUUCGUACUUUAGUAGGUGUGAUGCAGUAUCCAGAAAGAGGGUGACUAUUGGUCAGUGUGCACACCAAAGCCCAAAGUGACCUUCACAGAUCAGGAGAGGAUUUCCCUUCCAUCCUCCUGAAGAACCGUGGGCCUUGGAAAGUCGAUCAACUGGACAUCUUGAGCAGUUCACUGGGAAUGCCAAGCUUCUGUCUUCAAACGUCAUCAAAUAGUGUUGCAUUUCACAUUCUACCAUAACAGAAGGCACUUACAUCAGAGAUGUGUACAAGGUUCAGCAAGUGCAUCAUUUUUUGGGUUGGGGGGAAGUUUCUUUACCCUUGUGCAUUUGAAGAGUUUUCUAUGAGUAAUUCUUUUAGAUUCUAGAAGAUUAUUUGCUUGAACACUGACCAAUCUGGUGCACGGUUUAGACCUAUACAGUCUGAUGAAUAUUUUUUUCUCUGUCUCUCUUUUUAAAAAAAAAUUAAUCUGUAGUAACUUCUGGAUGCCUUGCUGUUUGUAUUUCUAAUCUUUUGUUCUGUUGACCAGCUGGUGAUGAAAGGCUAAAUGUGAUAAAUUUUGUUCUUUGUCUUCUGGCUGGGUUGACAAUACUGUUUCAGACUGCUGACUGACACCUCAUUGAACUGGAGUGGAGGUGAAUAUUGUCAUUUCAGAGUUCAUGAUGCCUCCAUGUUCUUUGGAAGCCUAAAUCAUCCAAGUAGCAGGCGUGUGGUGUGUCUGCCGCUUGCACCAGGUUUGGUCCUACCCAAAACACAGGCAGACUGAAUCUAACCAGACACUUUCAAAAUGCCACCUAUUCCUCUCUGGGGAUCCCUGGAACCUGUUUUUAAAAAAUUUUCUGCGUAACUCUGGCAGGAGACUAGCUGAUUUACAAGUAGUGAAGAUUAAACUUGUUCUUCUACUUCUAAUAUAUGUAAGAGUAAUUGUCCAGUAGACACAAGGUAGUGAGAUACUCCAGCCUCCCAGAAUGCAUGUGUUUCUCUCGCCAUUGGGAUCCCAGAAAAUUGAAAGUUGACACCCUCACCUCGGGAGGGAGAAGAGGCCUUAACCUCUCAUAAUGUGUACUAUUUUUCAACAUGGUGUAGUGAACAGUGAAAGCUCAACAGAAACAGAUACAAAUAAUCUGAAUAAAAUAGGCUAGCCUGUUAAAGCUGUGAUUUAGUUUUAAUUUCAUGUCCAAGAAGAAAAGUUUGAUUCUUCAAAUUCAUUCUCCUGGAUUAGACCCUACACUUUAUCAGUUGUUCAGCCUUGCAACUGCAGGAAUGGUUAACUGAUGAUUGUUGCUUAUGGUUGAACAAUCCUAUGACACAUAUAUAUCUAAAAUUAAAAAUUGGGCCAACUUCUCAGAGUCACGUGUCACAGCAAAUGAAUAGCCUGCAAGUGUUUACAUGCGUAAUAUUCCUCUUUUGCCCCACUCCAUUCACAAAAAAUGUAUAGAUCCUGUGCAUGCAACAUCUCUAAAUAAUUCCUUUUUACCCCGCUCACGUUUCCUGCUCUUGGCCACACUAGUAUGUUAUUUAAACAUUGUUUAUUUUUGAGUCUGAGCCUGAUCUUAUCUGUUCAUUAUAAAUCAUGUGCGUAGAUGACGGUGCCAAAUACAGUGUGCCCCAGAUUGCAUCUUUGGAAUCCCUUGGUAUAAAAACCUGCGUGAAAGUAUUAUUUUUUUUCCCCCCAGGUUUUCAGUAUCUGCAUUCUCCAGUUGUCCACAACACUGCAGCCAAGAAUUGAACUGUGACUCUGAUUCCCUCUCUUUAAUAGCUUAACUCUUAUGAUGCCAUUUCAAUAAUUUCCAUCUUCCACUCCUCUGAGUGAUCGCUUGUGGUAAAAGGUGUUCCAUUUCUGGUGCCCUUAUCUGUCAUGAAUACUGUGGACCAGAGAGAGAAAAGAAAUAAAAUUUAACAAAUAAAAAAAAUGAAUUUAAAUGCACAUCCUUUCUGAACACAUGCUGGUGUUUCUGCUCAAAACAAGUCUCCAUUCAAUGUUACAUUCACACCAGUCUGUUUCUUCAUAUCCUGUCUUAAUUUAUCACAAUCCUUACCUUUGCAAGCAUGUUUAUCUUCACUUUAAUGAUAGCUGAAGGUUUGGCCAGAAGAAUAGUCUUGGAUUGAGACUAUUCAGUUUUCCUCCCACAUGGCGGUUUGCAUGUUAUUUCAAUACUGCAGUCCAGUUAUAUGCUUUGUAACUAUUACUUCUUUUACAAAACAAAGAUGAACUUGAACAUUCCUACUGAAUUGACCUAAAAGAUUGGGGAUUUUUGUUAAUCAGUUAGGUGGUGGUGUAGGAAAAGAAUAAAUCUGUACACUCUUAUUUGGACCAAAAUCUGGAAUAGUGGGUGUCUUAGGUGUAAGCUCUGUUCUGUUGUGAUCUUUUUGAUUAGUUCUUCAGAGAAUGAGCGGCAGUUCUAAAUUUGUCCACUGACACCAUCAGUUCAUAGCUGGACUGCUUCACUUCUAUGUGCCGUAUCCCUAUGCUGCAGUGAGCUCUCUCUGCGCUAGUUAGAAAUGGCUUCUUCAUUUAAACCUUGUAGUCACGGGUUUUAUUCAAAGCAGUUGUUGUUGUACCACCUCUUCCAUUUGGUUCGGAUUAUUUUAUAAUUAUCCUUUUUAGUGUUGAUAGAAUAAUGCCUGCUCAGACCUCUGCUGCAUUCAAAUUGAACAGGCUGAUAACGAUUUUUGCAUGGAGGAAUUGAGUGACUUCGGGCAAUGUGAUAUUUUGGUAACCAAUACCACUGUACAGAACACGUUGAAGAAUAGUUUCAGCAAAUGUGCAUACUUUUUUUUAUUCCUGUAAAUAAUAAACAGUAAUCUGAUUUAAAAUGUGUUGGGUCUGUUUUAAACACAUUUGUAAAAAAAAUGUAUCGGCAGGAAAUUGCGAUGACAUAAAAAAGUUUCCUGCAUUCCUUAAAAUCCUGGCUAAUCUUUACCUCUGUAUGUAUCAUUAAACUCCACAUCUACUGUCAAAUGAAAAGGGGGUUUGACUCUGAUCUCUGGUGCUGUCUGUAUAGAGUUUCCACCAUGUACCUGGGUUAAGUGGGUUCCCUUUGUUCCUUGUUUGCUUCCGCAUCCCAAAGAUGUACAGGGUCAUUAGAUAAAUGAGUGGCUGUAAAUUGUGUAGUAUUUUACAGGUGAGUGGUAGAAUCUGAAGGAAGUUGGUGGUGAUGUGAGGAGAAUAGAGUUCACUGGAACUGGAUUCCUGCAAAACACCGUUGUGCCUGAUGGUCAAUGCAGACUCAGUGGGCUGGAGGGUUUUCUCUGUUUGAUUCUGGCCUCUCCUUCUUCAGUCUAAGGGAAGUAUGGAUCUGGUCUGCUUUCUCUUCUUAUAUUAGAGUCCUCUCAUCUCAGGAAUCAGCCUACUGAAUCUCUCUCUCUCACAGUAUUCCAUAUGUGGUCUCACCAGGGUCCUAUAUAAUUAGUGUAGGAUCUACUCUU